AUAUACUCACUUUCCAUAUAAAGGGUUAAAGCUCAUCUUUAAUAGUAUCAUUUCAUAUCCAUUGUUCUAUUGUAGAGCGUAGGAAUGCUGAAAGUCGUGUCAAACUUCAAAUAUUUUUUAACCUGAUUGUACCAAAGGACGCGUGUGCCAAAGCGUGCACUCUGCAUGCCACUCCUGUUCUGUGACUGCAGGAUUGUCUCAAGUGACGUAGUGCUAGCACGACGACCUGGCCAAGCACAGCAGAGUCGACUCCGACUUCGGAAUACAUGAUCAUAUGAGGUUCGGUAGCGAUAUGGUCCCGUUUCGUCCCAAUGACAGUUUGAGGCGCGGGAGUGUGCCUCAUGCGCUCUUCGUGUGACUGGGGAAACUUUUCUGAUUUUCUUCUGGUCUACUGCGUCGAUGUGAAACAAGAUGCAUUUGUUUAGGAGUUACAAUUAUCAAGUGUUCCCGGACCGAGGCUCUGUAAACACGCCGACCAUACGAGGCAUCAGCUGGACUCCACUUCCAGAGGCGCUGGACUCAAAAGACACAAUGAAGCAGUUCCUCUCAGAUCGUGUGGUGAAGGCUGCAAGGUCGGUGUACAAAGUCAUGGUCACAACAAAUCCCGGGUUGAUCCGAGAUAGGAAGCAUCACCUCAAAACUCAUAGACAAUGUUGCUCUGGUAAGGAACUCGUGGACUGGCUGAUGGGACAGAAUGAAGGCCUGCAGUUGAGAAGCCAGGCGGUUGGAAUAUGGCAGGUCCUUGUGGAUGAAGGAGUCUUGGUUCAUGUGAAACACGAGUUGAACUUUCACGACAAAGACACACAGUUCUACCGCUUCCUGGACUCUGAGUUCGGACCAAACCACCUAAAAAAGGACUCGGAGGACGAGCUGCAGGAAAGCCUGUCGCUCCUCUCCCAGCUGGGGCCCGAUGCCCUGCUAACAAUGAUCCUACGCAAAUGUCCAAACCAGAGGAGUUCUGAGGAGCUGGAAGUCAUCUACGAGGAGCUUCUCCAUGUCAAGGCCGCCGCUCAUCUUUCCACCUCGGUGCGGAAGGAGCUGGCAGCUGUGCUGGUGUUUGAAUCACAUGCUAAGGCCGGAACCGUCCUGUUCAGUCAGGGGGACAAAGGCACUUCCUGGUACAUCAUCUGGAAAGGCUCAGUAAAUGUGAUCACCCAUGGGAAGGGUCUGGUGACUACUCUGCACGAGGGCGAGGAUUUCGGGCAGCUGGCCUUGCUGAAUGACGCCCCCCGCGCCGCCACAAUCAUCCUGAGGGAAGAUAACUGCCACUUCUUGCGUGUGGAUAAACACGACUUCAUACGAAUUCUUAAGGAUGUAGAGGCCAACACAGUGCGAUUGGAGGAGCAUGGGAAAACUGUGCUAGUGCUGGAGAAAUGUGCCCAUCCACCUGAGCAGGGAGGAGCUGGAAACAAGUGUACUGUAAUGUCUGGAACGCCAGAGAAGAUCCUGGAACACCUCUUGGAAACAAUUAAGGUGGACUCCAAUGGAAACGAACCAAUCGAUUCGUGUGUGAGCGACUUUCUGCUCACCCACAGAGUAUUCAUGCCCUCCAGUCAGCUGUGUCCUGCACUCCAGCAUCACUACCAAGCGGAGCUCUCUGACGGUUCUGAGCAGGAGAAGACUGCCUACAUUCUCAACACUAAGCUCAAAGUGGUGAAGCUGAUUGGCUUGUGGGUAGCGCUUUAUGGCCUUCUGCUAAAAGAAGACCCCAUUGCCUCAACCUUUCUGGAGCAGAAGCUGAAGAAGGACAUUGGAGCUAAUUUUCGUUUGUCUAGCGUGCUGAAAGAUCAGUUCCGGGACAGAAGAAGAACAAAAGUGUUGGAGAAUGGAUACCACUCAUUGGGCAGGAACUACUCGUUUGACUGGUUCCCACAGAGUGAAGAGUCCAUGGCACGGAUACAUCCAAUCAGAGCGCAGGAUAAAGUGUUGUAUGAGAUUUACACGCCAGAUCACCAGGCUCUCACACCAAUGCUGCCAGUCAACACGUCCGUACAAGAAGUGAUGCUCUCGCUGGUUCAACCCGGAGGUGAUCAUGUGCUGGUCAAGAUGAACUCCUCAGGAGAAAGAGUUGAGUUGAAAUUGGAUGCCACUGCUGUGUUUACUGCGCUGGGACUCAAUGAGAGACUCUUCAUCUGCUCUAGUGGGCAAGUGGAAAAACUGACGCCCCUGAAAGAGCAGCAGGGUCCGGAGCAAACAGGUGCCAACACACUUCAGCACAUGUGCUCUAAAGACAUUGCCAGUGAACUCACCAACUAUGACUGGGAACUGUUCACCGCCAUGCAUGAGUUAGAGCUCAUCUAUUACGUAUUUGGACGUAAAAAAUUCCCAGGAGCCGUGACGGCCAACCUGGAGCGCUUUGUGCGUCGCUUCAAUGAGGUUCAAUACUGGGUGGUGAGCGAACUUUGCCUUUGUGAAGACCUUGUCAAACGAGCCGUCCUGCUGAAGAAGUUCAUCAAGAUUGCUGCAGUAUUAAAGGAGCAGAAGAAUCUCAACUCCUUCUUUGCCGUGAUGUUCGGUUUGAGCAACAGCGCAGUGCAUAGGCUUUACAAGACCUGGGAGAGAAUAUCCAGUAAGACAAAAAGGAUCUACUGUGCCUACGAGAGGCUGAUGGAUCCUUCACGUAACCACCGGGCCUACAGGCUGGCUGUGGCCAAGCUAAGCCCACCUUACAUCCCCUUCAUGCCUCUCAUACUCAAAGACAUGACAUUCAUCCAUGAAGGAAAUCCCAACUUUGUGGACCGACUGGUCAAUUUUGAGAAGAUGCGCAUGAUUGCCAAGACUAUGAAAAUGGUGCGACUCUGCCGGAGCCAGCCUUUUGUACCUUCAUCGCCUCAGAGGGGACUUGCAGAUCGAAUGUUUUUAGAAAGCCCUGCUACCCGCAUAUCUACGUACUCGGACCACAUCCUUCCUCUGCGGAGUCCCAGCAACAUCCGACACUACAUUCAGAACUUGAGCGUGAUCGACUGCCAGCGCAAGCUAACAGAGCUGUCGAGGACAAUAGAAUGCUAGCAGCAACACUGUCGUUUAAAAAUGGUGAACUGUGCAAACAAAUACUCCACAUUUGUUGGAGUAACAGCGCCUCUGGAUUCGCUGUUGAACUUUGUUGUCAUGGAGACUCACAGUCCGGCCUUCCGGGUUUUAGUUACCAUAUACAGUAUAAAUUUAUGUACACUGCAGUCACACAAUUUCACAAAAGGCCUGAAGAACAUAUGUUUGGCUUCCACUAUUCGGUCAAUUAUUUAUGCACCAAGGAUCACAAAUCAGUACAUGCACUGUGCACUGUAUAAGCAUAUUAUUUCUUACGUUUUUCUGAAUAAAUUAUUUUCCCAAUGAGUUGCAUUUAGUUAAACCACAGAGAAAUUGUUAAAAAGGAGAAUAGUUUAUUUAAAAUACAAACCAUACAAGGUAGAAAUGUAAAAAUGUGAAAUCAUAACAGGAACAAAUUGAGCUCCAAAGACGCUCCCAUUCCUCUCCAGCAAAAAUAAAACACAAAUCCCCAAUAUGGGGUGAGGAAAUUCACAAGUUAACAUUUUGAUUCAGAAAUACUCUCCUAAGUCAUAAAUAUGUACAACCUCUUUUAGGAAAAGAAAAAGGACAUGCCAAAAAAUGAAAAAAAAAAAUACAAUAAAGAGGGAGAGGGAGGCAGUGUCUUCACAUGAUGAAACCAUGAAAGGAGUUCAACACUAUCCUUAUAAAUAAUGGCUUGACAUUAGGAAGAGUUUUGUAGAUCAUUUGACAAACAUUGAAUCACUAUAGGAUACGGGAGGGAGAAGGUGGUGUUAAAUGAGGCAAACCAAUGUGAGCAAUGUGCUUAGGAACACAGAUGUUUGGAUAGACGCAACCAUACAGCGCAUUAUUUAUCAUGUCGGCUCUCCGAGGUUGGUAUUCUGCAUCCGUGCAACAAAGUGGAGACAAAUUAAUUCCAAGUGUAGAAUCGGCAAAGAACCUGAACCAUAAGAUAUGUGCUUUUUGCUAUAACAUUUACUACAGAGCUCUGGCUUGUCACAAUUAAAAUAACACAAAAAAAAAAAAA